AUGAAUGAUUCUGACUCUGAUAUUGUCCCUGCAGCUAUCACAGAUGACGUCCAAAAUGCUCGUCGGGAUUAUCAAACACUCUUGACCGAAGCCACUCAAACAUUGGCCAGUUACUGUAAGAAAUUGAAACCGAGCAUUGAAAAGGCCAGACCCUAUUUUGACCUUCUGAAAACAAGGAAACAGUUGCUACAGGACUUACAACUAAAUUCGCAGGACUACAGAGCCGCCCAGUCUGAGCACGAUGACGCAGCGUCCAUCUUGGACUGCUUUAACGCCAACGUCGCCAGAUUUGGCGAAAGUGAUGAAUCCGACCUAGACGAAGUCAAUAAAGCCGUUGAAAAGGUUCAUUCCGGGCAACAACCGCGUUCAUCGACGCCGAAACAGGACAUCCACUUGAAGAAGAAGGUUCUUCUCUGUGUGAAGGAUGGAUCUUAUUGCGAACGACCCUACUUCGAUUCGAAGGCCUUCUACAAUCAGAGGAUGGAGACAGUGGAUGAAAAUAAUGGCGUUCGUAAAUUAUUCACCAACAUGAAACCUCUACUUCAUACUCCAGUUUUGUUGUAUUUGCUUUCGCUGUGGGGUUCCUCCAAUGACGUGUCGAUUUCACAAACUCUUUUGAUUGGCUGCUUCGUGGCGGCGGUUUCGACAGUCCUAGUAACUGACUGGACGUACUUCCAUUUUCCACUCAAGGACGCGAAGCGUCGCAUUGACAAACUAACCGAGGGACUCAAAACCAACAAACGGCUCUACACGCAGACAAUGCGAAGCCUCGAGGCCAUCUCGAAUCGCAUCCACGAGUCGCGACGCCUCGGCCAGUGGCUCAACUCACCCCCACCGCACCCGCCGCGUUCCGCGUCUAGGAGUCUAGGAGUAGGUGCCGAAGGAUCCACCACAACCACCGCCGAGUUUGGCGAGGGUUGUCCCUCUCUGUCGCUCCCCAGCUCCCCUCGCCACACCCCCUCCGGCCAAGCCGACACGGACACUGAGGAGGAGGGGGGAAGCAGUGUGUUCGACCAGCGCUUCGCGACCUCUGAAGGUGUCUCGAAAUUGGACCAACAACCUCUCAUUGAUGGACUGCUCAUGGUGGGUUUUCGCCUGUUCCUUAUGCUUCCACCAAGUGCUUCAAGGUCCGAAGAUGUUAAUCCUUGCCGUUUUUCACCCCCUUUAAUUUACCAGGCGCUUCGAUCGUGUUCACGGAUCCCCGUCAGUGAAAACUUCUCCGCGUCUGAAUUCGAUCCUCCGAAUGCACUCAAUCAGACCGAUCCACCGCUGCUCCAGAAUGGCGCCAACUACCAGCAAUUUCCACCCAUCGCGUCCGCCUCGCGGCACUCGCGUAGUCGAAGCCUCUGA